CCGAGCCUCCCUCAGCAUCUGCGGAAAUGAGCUUCCGUGGCCAUCAGGACUCAAUGAUGUGCUGCACACACAGUGCAUGCUCAGUCACUGAGGAUCUCAUCCGCCGUCAUGCUGAACACAACAAUGGUGAGAUCUUUUCUUUGGAAGAGAUUUCACUACAUCAGAAGGACAUUGAACGGAUUGAGCACAUCGAUAGGUGGUGCCGAGACCUGAAAAUCCUCUAUUUGCAAAACAACCUCAUUUCCAAAAUAGAAAAUGUUGGCAGACUGAAGAAGUUGGAGUAUCUGAAUUUGGCAUUGAAUAACAUUGAAGUGAUUGAAAAUUUGGAAGGUUGUGAAGAUCUUCAGAAGCUUGACCUCACUGUGAAUUUUGUUGGCCGACUGAGCAGCGUGGAGUCUCUGAGACAGAAUGUGCAUCUCCGGGAGCUCUUUCUUGUGGGAAAUCCUUGCACUGAUUUCAAGGGUUAUAGGCCAUAUGUAGUGGCUUGCCUGCCUCAACUUCAGUGGUUAGAUGGCACAGCAAUAGGUCGAGCAGAACGGAUACAGGCACUGCAAAACCUUGAUGACUUGAAGAAGUGUGUCUUAGAACAAGAGGCUGAAUAUGUGGAAAGGAGAGAGAAACAGAAAAGAGGGGGACUAAAAGAAACCUCAAGCAGCAACCCACAGGAUUUAGAUCAGAAGCAUCUCCUGAGGAACUGCUCUCAGAGAAUUAAGGAGAACAAGAACCCAAAUCUUGAAUGUCAUCAAAAUCAGAAUUCAAACUCUGAGGAUGAGGAGAGUGAUUUUUGGGAAAAGCCAUGUGCCUUUACCCCAGAGUCAAGACUGGAGGCACAUCGCCACCUAGAAGAGAAGAGGAGAGCAAAAGCGAGAGAGAGAGGUCUAGAGAGGAAGGAUAAACCUGUCAGAACAUUGAUCACACCUGAUGGAAGAGUGCUGAACGUGAAUGAACCAAAGUUGGACUUUACGAUAAGUGAAGAUGAAGAAAAAAAUUGUGUGCUUCUGGAUCUGCAUGUAUACAGGCAUUUGGACACCUCCUUGCUGGAUGUAGAUGUUCAGCCGACAUACGUGAGGGUGACUGUCAAAGGAAAGGUGUUCCAGUUGGUUUUGCCUGCUGAGGUUAAACCAGACAGUAGCACAGCAAAGAGAUCUCAAACUACUGGCCAUCUGCUUAUCACCAUGCUCAAGAUGCAUGGAGAGGUAAAAGUUAAAAAAGCAACUCAUAAAUUGACCAGUGGUGGCUGCAGAGGAAAUGGAACUUCAGAGACCUUAAAGGAAAAGGACAGGGUGAUUUCUGGUUGCCAGAGAUUAGAAGUUGACCCCAGCAAAAGCUUUGAUGUACAACUGGCUAACAUUGUCCCUAAAGAAGUCCACACUACCCAUGGUCCCCUGCAGCUCUCCUGGCCUUGUCAAGCUGAAGAGAAGCCUGUCUCCAAGGACUUUGUGGAUGACCCCGAAGUGCCCCCUCUCAUGUAACCACUUCAAAUUUUUUCUUAAAUCAGCAUCUCUAUGUAUGACAGCCAUUUCAUUCUGGUGUGUGUGUUGGAAUUCCAACACAAGCACACCCCAUUUUAAUUAAUGAGGUACUGAUUAGGUGAGCACCUGAACCAAAUCUUAUUUAACAAGGAAAAGUAUAAAAACCACUCCUGUGGUCAUCACUAUCCUCUUGCAAUAGGACCAGGUUGGAUGGUGAAAACCAGUGCUAGUAGUACCUUAAAUUUAAUUGGAAUACAAAAAUAUCUAUUCAUCAUUCCAAAAGAGUCAAAGGGAAAAGUUUUGAGUGAGGAAAAAGAAGGGUUUGAUUCUGGCUUUACUGGCAGAGGGAUACAGUAAGUGUCAAGUUGCUUACAUACUCAAAAUUUCAAAGACAGCAGUUCAUAAGAACAAGGUCAAGGAGCAGACAUUGGGGACAAUAAGGUUACAGAUGGGCAGAGGGCGAAAUGACUCUCCACUGACUGGGCUGAUUGUCAACUCCUUCAAAUGUCAUUCAACAACCGUAGGAUGAAUUCAAGUGACCUACAAAAAGAAUGGCAAAUAGCAGCUGGGGUUAAGUGCAUGGCAAGGACGGUUCAAAACAGGCCCCUCUGGGCAGGGUCGAAGUCAUGCAAAGCUAGAAAAAGGCCCCUCAUCAAUGAAAAGCGAAGAAGAGCCAGGCUGAGGUUUGCUAAAGACCAUAAGGAUUGGACUGUAUAGGACUGGAGUAAGGUUGUCAUCUUUGAUGAGUCCAAUUUUCAGCUUUUCCCUAGAUGGAGACCUGGAGAGGCCUACAAGCCACAGUGUCUCGCACCCAUUUUGAAAUUUGUUGGAGAAUUGGUGAGUUCGCAUGUUCUUCUUGUGUCUGCGUGGGAUUGCUCUGGUUUCCCCCCACAGUCCAAAGACAUGCAGGUUAGGCUAAUUGGUGGCUCUAAAUUGACUGUGGUUGUUUGUGUCAGCCCUGUGAUGAUCUGGUGACUUGUCCAGGGUGUACCCUGCCUCUCGCCCAUAGUCAGCUGGGAUAGGCUCUAGCUUGCCCAUGACCCUGCACAGGAUAAGCGGUUGCAGAUAAUGGAUGGAUGGAUAUACACUACUUUUGGAGCAUUGCACUAAGCUUUUCACUGCAUGUUGUACAAUGUAUGAUUAUGUAUGUGACAAAUAAAAUUUGAAUAUUAUUGACAUACCACAUGAAACGUAUUUCAGUUUUGUUUAUUUAAGUUUGUAAUUCAGAUAUCUCCAGCAUUGAUAGUAUACAUUCACACAAGGAACAGAGUGUGAGUUGCACUUGUAUAGUGAAUGGAGUUAUUUCACUACUAGUGUUGACUUGUAUGGGGGGGAUACAGGUGUUGUGUUGGAAUAAAGAAAUUACAA